AUGUCUUUUUUAAGAGGAUCAGAAAAUUACGUGUGGUGUACGACAAGUGUUUUAGGUAAAGGAGCCACCGGGGCUGUGUUUCAAGGAGUUAAUAAGAAUAACGGUGAACCGGUAGCUGUUAAGACGUUUAAUCAACUAAGUCAUAUGAGGCCUCAUGAUGUCCAGAUGCGUGAAUUCGAAGUCCUAAAGAAAGUGAAGCAUGAAAACAUCGUUAAGUUAUUAGCAAUCGAGGAGGAACAGGAUGGACGUGGUAAAGUUAUUGUCAUGGAACUCUGUACUGGCGGAAGUUUGUUCAACAUCCUGGACGAUCCAGAGAACACAUAUGGAUUACAAGAGCACGAAUUUCUACUAGUUCUAGAACAUUUAACCGCUGGUAUGAAGCACUUGCGUGACAACAAUUUGGUUCAUAGAGAUUUGAAACCUGGUAAUAUUAUGAAGUUUAUUAGUGAAGAUGGCACGACUACGUAUAAGUUGACUGAUUUUGGCGCGGCGCGGGAAUUGCAAGAGGAGGAGCAAUUUGUGUCACUGUAUGGUACAGAAGAGUACCUUCAUCCCGAUAUGUAUGAGAGAGCAGUACUCAGGAAGCCUGUGGGCAAGAGUUUUGGUGCCACUGUUGAUUUGUGGUCGAUAGGUGUGACGUUGUACCAUGUGGCAACUGGUCAGUUACCAUUCAGGCCAUAUGGGGGAAGGAGAAACAAAGAGACUAUGUUCUAUAUUACGACGAAGAAAGCUUCUGGAGUGAUAUCAGGAACACAAACAACAGAAAAUGGACCCAUAGAAUGGUCACGAGAAUUGCCUUCGCACUGUCAACUGAGCAUGGGGCUCUGCAAGUUAGUCACACCAUUACUUGCUGGCUUGUUAGAAGUGGAUCCACACAGAAUCUGGACUUUUGAGAGAUUCUUCUCAGAAGUUCAAACAGUGACCUCGACUAAACCUGUUCACAUUUUUCAUGUGAAUAAAGCGGCCAGUAUAAAGGUCUUCCUGAAACCCGAGGAGAAGUAUGAGCACCUGCAGACGUACAUCUGCGAGCAGACAAGCGUGGUUGCGGAGUCGCAGAUUUUACUGUACAAGGACACGUUGCUACUUAGUGAAAUUGACGAAAAUACACUCGGUAAGAACUACCCGGAGACGACGGCAGAAGUGCCGCUGAUGCUCUUCAACAAGAACAACAACAACGUGAGCAUGGCGCCCGAGCCGGAAAUACCUAAAUUCCCCGUGUUCCCCAACAUCGUCUCCGUAGAGAACGACGCCUCGCAGGCGAAGACGGCGUGCAGCGUGGGUCACGUGGUGAAGCGACGCGUGGAAGCGCUGUGCGCGGUGUCCGUGCUGUGCGGAGCGUGCGUGACGCGCUGGGGCGCGCUGCUGGCCGCGCGCCUGGCCGCCGUGGCCGCGCGCGCCGCCGCGCUGGCGCAGCACGCCGCGCGCCUGCACGACGCCGCGCGCGCGCUCGACCUGGCCGCCGCACUGGCGCGCCCCGCCCAGGCGCGGGGCGGGGCGGCGGGCGCGUGGGGCGCGUGGGGCGCGGCGGCGGCGCCGGUGGCGCAGGAGGCGGAGGCGCUGCGCGCGGCGGGCGCGGCGCUGCGCGCGCGGCACGCGGCGGGCGCGCUGCGCGCCGACUGGGACGACGCGCGCCGCGCCGCGCCCUGCCCCGCCGAGCUGCGUCUGCACGCGCGCGCGCGCACGCUGGCCGAGCGCCUGCGCGAGUCGUGGCAGCACCUGGUGCGCGACCGCGCCACGCGCUCGCUCACCUACAACGACGAGCAGUUCCACGUGCUGGAGCGCAUCACGGUGGCGGAGACGGGCCGGCGCGCGCGCGCGCUGCUGCAGCGCGCCGCGCCGCUGGCCCGCGCGCGCGCCGACGCCAUCGCCGACUGGUACAAGGUGGCUCAGACGGUGUUCCUGCAGACACAGAUCCUGGACAAGGACGUGGCGAGCGGCGAGCUCAAGGUGCUGGCGCUGGCGGCGCGCCUGCAGGACGCCGAGCGGACCACGCGCGCCGCCGUGCAAGACGCACAGCUGAGUGCAACGAAGGAGAGCCCGGCGCAGAAGGAGGAGAAGGCGAGCGCGGGCGGGGCGCGCGGCGGGGGCGGGGACGGCGUGAGGGCGGGCGGCGCGGGCGUGCGCGCGCUGCUGGCCGCGCACGAGGACGUGGCGGCCGCCGUGGCGUGCAGCUCGGCGCUCGUGGCGCGCCUCGUGCACCUCACGGCCGACGCGCCCUAG